AUGAACAAGCAAGCUCAUUCUACUUUUAGAACACCAUCUCUACUUUUGAGACCAAGUGAUGUGGGAACUUUUAAAAACCUUGUUGAAGUUGAAAAAGAAAAAUUCCCAGUUUUAGUGAGUUCGAUGCAGCAUGUGAAAAACUCAGAGUGGCAAAACAGAACUGCUGUCACCACCUUCAUCCUCCUCGGGUUUGGCAAUGUUGAGGAUCUGAACAUUCUCCUUUUCUUAUUAUUUCUAGCUAUCUACAUUGUGAUUCUGUCAGGAAAUCUUCUCAUUUUUGUCCUGGUGAUGGUUGAACAGCACCUCCAUACUCCCAUGUAUUUCUUUCUGGCAAAUCUGGCCUUUUUGGAGUUCUGCUACACUUCAACAAUAUUACCAAGAAUGCUGGCCAGUUUUGUCACAAGGGACAAAACCAUCUCGCUUUUGGGUUGCAUUCUUCAGAUGCAUUUCUUUACUACUCUGGCAGCCACAGAAUGUUACCUCUUGGCUGCUAUGUCAUAUGAUCGCUACCUGGCCAUAUGUAAACCUUUGCAUUAUGCCACACUUAUGAAUGAGAGGAUGUGUAUCCUGCUUGUUUCAGUAUCAUGCAUAAUUGGGCUACUUCUUAUAACCAUCUUAACAUGUUUGGUUUCACAGCUUAACUUUUGCAAUGGAUAUAUAAUUGACCAUUUCUUCUGUGAUUUCACCCCUAUAGUUCGACUUUCCUGCAGUGACACCCAGGUUGUGGAAACGGCAGCUUUUAUAACAUCGUCUAUAGGGAUUCUACCUACAUUUCUCAUAACUGUGGCGUCCUAUGUUUUUAUUAUCACAACAAUCCUGAAAAUCCCUUCCAUCACUGGAAGACAGAAGGCGUUUUCCACCUGCUCCUCCCAUCUCACUGUAGUUUCCAUUUUUUAUGGAUCCUUAAUAUUUGUCUAUGUCUUGCCAACAACGGAGACGUUCAAAGAUCUCAAUAAGGUCUUCUCUUUCUUGUAUACAAUCCUAACGCCAAUGGCCAAUCCUUUCAUAUACAGCCUAAGGAACAAAGAAGUAAGGAGCAGUCUUAGAAAAAUAGUAUGUCAGUUCUGGAGGUUUUCUGUGACACAAAAGAAAUUAUGCAUCUGUGACUGA